AUGGUUUCGGAGCUCACCUGCAUCUACUCAGCGCUCAUCCUUCAGGGUGAUGAGGUGAGGGUCGGGGAGCAGAAGGGCAAUGCCCUCAUUAAAGCAGCCGGUGUGAAUGUCGAGGCUUUCUGGCCAGGCUUGUUUGCCAAGGCUCUGGCCAGUGUCAACACUGGGAGCCCCAUCUGCAAUGGAGGGGCUGGCAGACCUGCCCCAGCAGCUGGUGCCGCACCAGCAGGAAGUCCUGUCCCUUCCACCACUGCUGCCCCCGCUGAGGUGGAGAAAGUGGAAGCAAAGAAGGAAGAAUCUGAGGAGUCCGAUGAGCACACAGGCUUUGGUCUUUUUGACCAAACCUCCCCUGCAACCCAUGCAAUAAAAAGCUGA